AUGGACCAGGGCGUCUUGCGGAACCAGUGCAGCAACUACAAUUACGACAAGGUCUGGGUGGGCGCGUUCGUGGACAUCCUGAAGAAGGGCCUCGGGCCUCAGGACCACCGCGCCGCGGUGCGCGCGCUCAACGCGGAGCACCGCGAGGCGCACGAGGAGGUCGAGGAGGAGCGGGCCCGCGCGCGCGAGGAGGAGCGCGAGGCCAAGGCGGAGCGGGCCCGCGCGCGCGAGGAGGCCAAGGCCGAGCGCGAGGCGGAGAAGGAGGCGAAGGACCGCGCGCGCGAGGAGGCCAAGGCCGAGCGCGAGGCGGCGGACCAGGCGGAGAAGGACCGCGUCGCCGCCCAGGUCAUCCUCGGCGCGAUGGCCGUCUCCGGCCGCAGCGCGGCGUCGAUCUUCGGCGAGGUCGACGAGGGCUUCGCGAAGUUGGUCGACAUCUGCGACGGCAUCCUCCGCACGCCGCGGACGCUCUUCUACAUCUACCUCACGGCCGUCGCCGAGGGCGAGGACGCCGACGUCGCGGCCUUCGAGGAGGCCAAGUCGGCCGCGCGACGCUCCACGUUCCUGCUCCCGGGCGUCAAGUUCCUCGAGGGCAACGUGCGGGCGAUCAAAGUCGCCGACGUGGCCUGGAUCGCGCGGCGGCUCGAGGCCAUGGGCCACGGGCACUACGCCGCCCUGUGCCGCAACCGCAUCCUGUGGAAGCGCCGCAGCUGCGGCACCGUCGCGCGGACCGGCUGCCGCUACGCCGUCUGCGUCGCGUGGACGCAGCGGCGCGUCGGCGAGCCGCGGCCCGCCGGGUCCUACUCGGACUGCCUCGCGGGCAUCCCGCCCUUGUCGGCGGCCGUGAAGCGGCAGCUCGAGGCGGAGACCAUCCCGCGCCUCCCCUCGGUCCAGGGCCCCUCGGACAUCACCAUCGUCCUGCGCAAGACGCACGAGCGCGGGACCUUGUGCCCCUACUCGGCGAGCCACUACGAGAUCAAGACGCUCGGCCGCGUCGUCUUCUUCAUCUGGUGGUACGUCACCCGCGGCGGCGACGCGACGAACCACAACACGCAGCCGGAGGCCUUCGCGACGGGCGCCGCCGCGCGCGCGGCCGCGCGCGACUACGCCGAGGGGAAGAAGAACCAGAAGGAGGACGCCGACAAGAACGCGCAGUACCGCUGGAAGGAGCUUUCCCCCCGCGGCGGCGGCGCGAAGGCGCCCGCGCGCAAGCCGAAGCCCGCGCCGAAGACGCGCGCGCCGAAGAAGCGCCGCGCGCCCCAGCCCGCGCCGCGGGCGGCGGCGAAGAAGCGGAGGUGGGGCCCGGACGAGUACCCGCUCGCGGGCAUGCGCCGGUCGCCGAAGAAGGCCGCGGCCGCGCGCGACGCCGAGUACGCGGCGCUCUGGACCGAGGCGAAGCGCGAGGGCGGACUUACCGCCAACCUCGCCGCAUGGUUCGGCGGCGAAGCCAACGAGCGGCGCCGCGCCGCGAAGGACGCGGAGACGCCCGCCGACGCGCGGCGCGAGGCCCUGGAGGCGCGCAAGUGCGCGGACAAGCUCGCGGCCCUCGCCGUCGAGGCGCGAGACGCCGACGCCGCCAUCGUGCACAAGUUCGCGGCCAAGGCGGGGCGCGACGCGGACGCGGCGGAGGUCUUCGCGGAGCUCCCGCCCGCGGCGGCGGCGGAGGCGGAGGAGGCCGCGCCGGCCGCGGCGGACCCGCUCUCGCGCGCGGCGCAGUACCUCGAGACGACGCUCCAGGCGCUCGUCGAGCCGGCGCCCGCGCCGACGGCCGCGGCGACGCUCGCGGCCAUCGCGGACGCGUCGGACGAGCCCGCGGUCGUCGUCGAGGAGGCGGCCGGCGAGCUC